UCUCGCUCGCACAUACUGUGUGCCGCUUCGGGGUGGCGCGCCGUUGCCUAGGAAAACCAGCGUCGAGGAUGCGGCGUCUCCAUCGGCGUGUCAACAUGUCGUUCGUUAUCUCGUCUCCCCCUUCAACCCCGCUGGUUUGGGUUUGGUCGGUGGUAGCUGUAGUAGUAGUGGUAGUGGUGGGUUUUCCCUUUUGUUUGAAUUUACGUUCGAGAGAGCUCACCCGCUCUCAUGCCUGGAGAGUGUUGUGCGGUCCGCCCGACGAAUACCACGCUAUCAGCCGUGUCUCAACAACACAACAUCACCAGCAGCAGCAGCAGAAGCAUCAACAGCAGCAGCAGCAGCAGCAGCAGCAGCAGCAGUACAAUUCAUCUCGCACACACACCGGGAGCUAGGAGCUUCUGUGUGUCAAAGUUGGCGUAGUUUUGGCAAAGUGAAGUGGCGUGGCAGCAGCAGCAUCCCAGUCUUCCAAAGCAAACGGGUGCGUGUGUGUUGCCUGUCAUCGUUUAGCUCAAUCGAAGCAACCAUUUCUCAAAAAACGUAUACGAGAGAAGAAGUACGUGGGGCAAUCCAUCUGCUGCUUCCUCCUGAAGGACCACGAAGGCUCACCGCUCGCCCCGGAGGGUAAUUAAGCGAGGUCGGGCCGGAACACAGCGACUAGUUCUGCUAACACCUACUGCCCACUACACUCCUUCCGGUGGAGAUUGAUCAUAUCAGCCCUGAUAAGCGCACCGAAACACCUUUAACCGUGGCCGCCCGACGUUGUUGUUAAAGCUCUGUUCAACACUCUCACACUCAGCAGUGCAGCAAAAGGAGAGUGUGCGUUCGCUAGCAGUGUUUUGUGGUGGUCCUUUUGAUGCUUCCGGACUGUGUGUUUGACACGCCGCCAGCUUUGACAGGCUCCCGAGGAGGACGGGGACGACUACUAUGAUGAAUGCGUAGUGUUGCGGCGCGCGUACACACGCAGCAGUAGUAAACACAGUGCAGCUGUCAGACGGUGUUGUUGCUGUUCGGUGCUCUGCUCUGAGGCAAAAAUGCGGUGCAUCAUCGUUACUUGAAAGAGUUUUUAGAAGAUUCGCGUGCGUUAGAAGUGUAAUUUCGGUGGUACACAAAACAAAGCAAAAAGGCCGAAAAGUCACAUGCCAGCCUUUCUUUUUUGUUUCUGUUUCGCGUGUGUUCGGUGUUCGUGAUGCGCUGGAAGGAGAUCCGAGUGAUGAUGUGUUGAAGUGUCCGUUUUGGUCCACAAAAAAAGUGAAGCAAAGGAACCGUGACCGCGGGGAGAAUCAACCGAGGAAAGGAAACAUCCGGCGACGUGCAGUUCAAGAAGUUUCCCAGAGCAUUGUCACCAUUCUCGACACCAAGCCACCGGCCUUGUCACGACGCCCGCAGUGUGUACCGAUGGAUAGCAAAAUUUGUCAAAUUUAAUUGAGUGAUGUCAUAAUGUGUUGGACUCUUACGACUAAAGGGACGAAGUGCUGUGGACAAAAUCGCUGGACGAUUUAAACACUCAAAUAUAGAUGAGUUCGAGAGUGCUUCUGCUGAUCCGCCAUUAAACACUAUUGAAGGAAGAAAUGGAAAAGCGUUCUUCAAGAUGAAUACUUUGAAGUGAUCCGCAUCAAACUCGGCAUCAAUCCCAAGCUAUCUCCCGUGCAGCAAUAUCAACCGAUACCUGCAGUGAUAAACGAAGAAAAAGAAAACUACCCAAACGGUUGCAACCCACUUUCCCCCUUUCCUUCGUUCACUACCCAUCAACACACAAACACAGAGAGAGAGAGGCACAAUAAUGCAAGAAAAUAGCGUCACGGCAGUUCCGGUGUCGGCGGUGACGGCAUCCGGACUGGGCACGAUCGGCACCACCGGCCCCGGAAGUGCCGGUGUGGUCGGAAGCGCAGUCAACAGCACCAGUGGCAGCAGCAACAGCAAUGGAAGCAGCAGCGGCGGCACUACCGGCACCAGCAACAACGGUCCUGGCAGUGGGCCAAUCACCACCGCAUCGACAGGCCCGGCCAGCGGCUCGACCCUCUCACCGCACGGCCUCAGCGACAUCGAUCAGGCACAGUUCGAGGCGGACAAACGGGCAGUCUACAAACAUCCUCUGUUUUCGCUGCUGGCACUGCUGCUGGAGAAGUGUGAACAGGCCACGCAAGGCUACAUUCCUUCCUCGUCUUCCGCGUCCAGUCCAAACGGGUCGUCGAACCAUGGCACCAGCGAUGGGGACAGUUUCUCCCGAGAUAUUCAGGCCUUUGUACAGCUGCUGGAGAAGGAAAAGCGCCCACUGCUGACGAACAACAGCGAGCUGGACGGACUGAUGAUAAAGGCGCUGCAGGUGCUGCGAAUACACCUGCUCGAGCUGGAGAAGGUGCAGGAGCUGUGCCGGGACUUUUGCACGCGCUACAUCGCCUGCCUGCGCAGCAAGAUGCAGUCGGAGAACCUGCUGCGGUCGGACUACGCGCUCGAGCACAACAACAACCUGUCCAACUCCAACAGUCCCAUCAACAGUCCCGAGCAGGAUCUUUCCGGGAGUGCCCAAGGCUAUUACCAGAGCGCCGACUACCUGCAGGGAAGUGACACCAGCGAGUACAGCAACAUGCAAGCCAAGGGAAGUGCAUUGAGCGGCGUUCCUGUUACGCCCCUGCUACCCCACCCGGUACUGCAGCAGCAGCAGCCUCCGCAGCAAUCGCUUCACCACCCUCACCAGCAAGUGCCGCCAGCAGCAAUCGAUUCACCGAACAGUGCCACCGUCCUGGAAAGCUCGGUUCUGCCCCAAGACAUGUCGCACAGUCCAAGCGCGCUAGCCGUUGGAAUGCCUGGACUUGCCGGACUGCCUCCGCUGCAUGAUGGCCCUGGAGCUGGAGCGAUGUUUCCCACUGACCUUACAGCGGCAGCGGCAGCCGCCGCCAUGGCAUUCCAACAGCAGCAGCAACACCAUCAACAGCAGCAGCAGUACCAUCUGCCCCUCCAUCCGAGCGCGGGUCCGAUGUCGCUCGGCACUGCUGUUGGUGGUUGUCCGCCGGCAAUAGCGCUUACCUCACCGCUUGACAUGUACGCCGGGCAGCUGUCGCCGUGCGGGAGCUCCGAUGAGCUCGACUCCGAGCUUGACUCGCCAGGGGACGGGGAUUCGGGCUCGGGCAAGCGGCACAAGCGAGGCAUCCUGCCCAAGCACGCCACGAGCGUGAUGCGCGCCUGGUUGUUUCAGCAUCUAGUCCAUCCCUAUCCUACUGAGGACGAGAAGCGUGCGAUAGCGGCACAAACGAAUCUCACGUUGCUUCAGGUAAACAAUUGGUUCAUUAAUGCCCGGCGACGUAUCUUGCUGCCAAUGUUAGAAAAUGCCUCCGACAACUCGGGAGAGUAAGGAUGUUCUUUACCCUCGCCUACAAAGCUAAGCUGCUGGCGCAAACCUAGUCCACCAAAGAUCUGUCAGGCUCAUUCAGGAAGGUUUUAUUUCUCACAUUAAAACCGCAACCACGGGGAAAGAUCCACAGCAGUAGCAGCAUCAGCAAAGGGACAUUACUCGCAACCAACUAUCAAGCUGAAAGAUCUCCGUACCGCCACGUUGUACGCCACAGAGAAGGAAACAGUGUGACCACUUGCAUACGCGCGUGUGUGUUUUGAAAAACAAUCCUUCCCCCUUUGUCCAAUCGUUGUUGUUCCUGUUCAAUCCAAACAAUUUCGAACAAAACGCUUGCAUUGAGCUGGUGACAUGUUUUGCAAACAGUGUCGCCGUAAUCGUUGUUUUACGAUUAAUUAUGGGGCUUUUAGGAAUGUCUAACAACAACCACCACCACCCACUGCCUCGAUCGUGUAAUUGCUUGAGCUGUCCACAGUUUUUUAGACGAUGAAUUGAAUGCAAUGGUUCUUCGUAGUUCCUCUGAUUGUGGAAUUGUUUUCGACCAUUUCCCUCCGUAAGGCAAAUGAGUUUUCCUUUCUCCGUCUUUUCUUCUAAUCAACCUUACCUAUCGAACAAACAAAACUGCCCCUUAUUCCGCAUAAAAAAACUCAAACACACACACACACACACACUCUCUCCCAGAGCGAGAAAAGGCUGACCAACCGGCAACGGCCGAGAAAUUGCUCCCAAUCAUUGUGGGUAAACAGUGGCACCGUACCGUUUCGUGCCGGGGCUGGUCCGGUCGGUACCGUGCCGUCCGAUUUGAAUAGAAAUGCAAUUUAUAAACAAAUUCAUCCCAAUCAGAGUUGAGACCUCACUGCUUGACUUCCCCCCCCUCCCUGCCUGCCAACUCGCGCACCUUGCACGGAAGUGGCAAUCGCGUUUCAAAUUUCGGUCACAGCACACAGCAUUCCAGAGAAAAGGUCCUGCGUGUGUGUGUGGUGCCUUCCGAAAAGCGGGCGAAGUGUUAUUAAUUAACUCGAACCGGUCGCUCGAACUUGGCCACCGUCGGCCGGCUGUAUCCUUUCAUCGGUUAAUGCUAUUAACGGCCCGAACGGUGGUGGUGAACGUGCGAGAAAACACAAAAUAACUCGCACACACACACGAGCCGACAGUGCGUGCCAGCGCGCUAUGAUGAGGUCUGAAUUGAUUAAUAUUUAUUACCUUGGUAAUGAGCCUCCGGCGCUAGUCCGGUCCUUCGCUAGGCCGGAAGCAGGAGGGGGCAACGGUGGGUUUUUGUUUUUCAUUCUCUGCUCCUCUGUCUCCUGCACCCGCCGUGAGAAGGUUCUUCGUACCCCUCUCUCACUCUGUGCACGGUGGGCUGCAAAGGUAACUCAAUUAGUGGCGGGAGGAAAUGGACCGGUGUGUCGAAGUCGGUGGAAAAUGUGGAACCGGCGUGAACACACGGGAAAGGACAUUCGUGCGGACCAGUUCGGUGGGUGGAGGGAAUGGUUCGAUUAUACUUACGCCUGAAGAGGGUGUGUGCGUGUGUGGUUCGUUUGGUUUUGGUUGACCAGUGGUGGAUGUAAUCGGAUGACGAUUACAUAAAUAAAUACCAUUUACAUACAUUUGGACGCAGGAGAAGAAAGGGGGAAGGACAACACACGCCGUCCUGCAAGUGAAACUAUUGGAUUAAAAUCCCUCGCCGACGAUGGCCGCGUGUUUACGGCCGUUGCACUUAAAAGCAAGCAGGAAGAAGAGAUUACGAAAUGUUUACCUCGGCGCACGGUGCAAACGCAACAAAAAAAGGGAUAAUGUAAAUCACUUCCCACUAAUAUACUUCCAUACCAAACCGUGAAGGAUACUCAGAGAGAGAGACGGGCAGAAAUGCAAAAGAAAGCACAACACAAACAAAGCCAAGUAUACGUAAAUUGCAACAAACACUCAAUCUCCUGCUCCUAGACGAGACGAGGGUUGGAUGGCAAUUGGAAAGAUAUUGUAUUUAGCAUGUAGGAUGCAACGCUGCUGGUGUGUGUGUGCGUGUGCGCGUUGCAAAAACAAACUCAAACGAAACAAGCACACAAACGCAAAGUUACUUUUAAGUGUCAUAUUAGUUCCAUCUUCUAAGUUGUAAAUUGGGUGAGCGCGUGAGAAACUACUGUGACGAGAACGAAACAAAGCAACAGAUAUACGUACACUAGUAUACUAAGCGUAGGCAAACGAGGAAGAAGAAGAAAACAAAAAGGGAAAAACAAAAACUAAGCAAAGUUAAAGUAUGUUAUAAGUAUGCAGCUGGCUGAGCGAGGCUGUAUCAGCAGUCCACUACUAUUAUUAGAGAAGUACACUAGCGCAAACCAACCAACCGCAGCACGGACGGACAGAGCAAAGAGCAAAAUACUCGCUUCGCCCGGUUCUUUCUCGUGUUUGAAGCAAAAUGAACUAAAAAAAACAAGUUAACCGAUUUCGGGAUGGGAAAGAAGCGCUGAACGGAGCGAGGGGCGAAAACACACACACACGUGGCAUGGAAAGGGAGACAAAAGGGCCCGGACAAGAAAAAGGACGAGUGAAGUCUGUGAUAAUAGAUUUAUUUGAUUUCCAUAUCGCCAUGAACGGAACCGAAAUUGAGAGAAAGAGGCCCGGCCCCCGGAACAUUAGCUACCAAAAAGAGAAAAUGCGUUAAGACAAGCGCAAUUAGCGCCCAACAAUAGAAUGGCAAAAUUGAACGAUCAUUGUGGUAAAACAGAAAAUAACACACUGCAGCAAUAUUGGUUAUGAAUCUUUCCGCGGUUUUGUUCAAAACAUCGCUUAUAGAUUGUCAUUAUUAUUACCCUAAAGAAACCCCCAAACUUCUCCGCUAUUGUAAAGUGCUACUGAAACUGUAGAAAAUCUGAUCUGAUUAUAGGAUAACGCUAAACCGAAGAAGGGAAAACUAAACCGUAGGGCAAAGUAUAGUACAUAAUGCUUGGUGUUCGAGAGAGAGAGAGAGAGAGAGAGAGAAAGCAGAAGAAACAAAACAAACCAGUCAUCGAAGUAACUGAAGUAUACCAUAGUUGAAGUAAGUAAGUGAAACGAAGCAGAAGAAAUGCAAAGUGCGACGAGUCUAUAGCAACAAAGCAACAGCAACAUUGCAUACCAAACACUACACGCGAAAGAACAAGAAAGAACAAACACAACGCAAAAGUGUAUACCAAGAGUUGCCAAUAGUUGUUCUUUUGGCCCCCCAGUUGUGUUUGUGUUGAGGAAAUAGUGAAAGUCGUUUUUCUUUACUAUUUUCAGGGGGUAGAUAAAUAACAAAACGAGCAAACUAAAGGAAAAGCGAAGAGAAGAGGAAGGUGAAACUAAAAUAUUACUACUGCUACUACUACUACUACCACUACUACUACUACAGCAAAAAGAAAUACCAUCGUCACUGCUGCGAAAACUUGUAUACGUAAAUAGGAAACAAAGAACAAAGAAUUCAUAUUGUGAGUGAGGCAUACGAAAUAAUAGAAGGUAACAAAUUUACGUUAUUAUUUUCUAACAUUAAACAUAUAUCUAUAUAUAUAUAUACAUACAAACUAUGAAUAUAUUCCUAGUAGUGUAAGGUUUUUAUUACCAUUUCCUAAUACGAUUAAGAGAGGAGACGGGGAAGUAGAAAGGCAGACAGACAGACAGACGGAUCGAGGCGAAUGGAAAGGAAGAAAUUAUUGAAAGGAUGAGAAGAAAGUAAUAUUUCUUUCCUUCAUUCCCUUGUUUUGUUGUGACACAGUUUGUAUCUUCCUUCCGUAAUGGCCACACACUCAGAAUUAACUAAUGUAUACUAAAAAAACAAAGAAACAAAUAGAAAUGCGAAACAGAAACUCACUCAAACAGUGCACCGUCCAACCAACAAAAGGAGAAGCAAACGGUGGUGAAAGCAAAGUUGUGGAAGAGGCAUAAGAAGGCUCACCAUAAGCUUCUACUUCCUACAGUCCAUCCCUUUCCUUCCCCUCCCAUCCAUCAAGAAGCUGGGUGGACAUUCUUCCAUUCGAAAAAGAAAGCAAACAAAGAUGUUACCAUUUUAGAUGUAGAUUUGAACCACGCGCGCGCUCGCGCGCCUGUGUGUAUAGAGGGUUGUUAGGUUUUUCCUGUUGAAAAGGGGUAAAGGAUAAUAAUCAUUUUCUGGUCCCACCCUCCCAUCCUCCCCAUGUAGUGCGGGGGGUGGAAAAGGGGAGUUUGAUUUGAUGCCGUGCUCUACGGCGCUUGAUUUCAAUUUCCUAGUCCCCACGGUCCCACGGGGAAGAGGUAUCGCGUGACUCGCGCACGAGCGAGCAGUGAUUAUGUAUGGGGAGCGGUAGUCCUUGAAACCGUGGGACCGUGGUUUUUCUUUCUUAACCUCAUUUUCGGAAAAUAGCCAUGGAAAAAAGGGAAAGUGAUCCACCGUUUCAGUAAUUUCAUUCAUGGUUUUGUUCCAUUUUGUAUAAUAAAUUUUUGAUGUUUUCUAUAAGUUUCUAUAGUUCACACACGAUGAGCAAGAGAAACACACACUCACUCACAACAACACAUUACGUCCGUGCCAUUAAGAGAAACUAAGCGAAGGAGAUAUGAUAAGUGGGGAAAGCAACAAAAACAGAAAGGAAAACCACAUGAAACUAGUGUAGAAUAGUGUGAAAGAGAAGAAGAGAAGCUAACGGUAACAACACAGAACUACCUUCAGUUGAAAGUACGUAAAAAAACAAACAAACAAACACAUAACUUUAGACCUAACGGGCAACAAAACGUAUACCGCAUAAAAAUUACCAAAACAUGAGAACGAAACUAGAUAAAACGCAACUUCCUUCAGAAAGAGAGGGGAGAAGAAAGAGAUGAAGGGGGAAAAGUAGCGUUUUGGCUUAUUUGCUUUCUAAAAACUGCUUUGUGAAAACGUACACGUAAAUGAAACAACACACCAGAUACUUAGUUGGCAAAAACUAAACACAAGAGACAAGUGAAAGCGAUAACAAAAUUUAGAACAUAAAAGAUUUCUUAUCAAAGUCGAAGGUCCCUUCCGUUUUUGCUUACACAAUAUUUCGGCAAAUAAAGAAAGCAAAGCAAAGUAACAAAAUUAAACAAAAGCCAAACAGUAACAUCAAAACAGAUUGGAACAUAGAGGAGAGAGAAACUACUACCUUCAAACCACACUGUGUAAAAAGAAUUGCUAGAAAAGUGAAUGCUGAGACAAGGCAGCCCCCCUCCUCAGCAAAAGCGAAACAAAGCAGAAAAGAAAAUGUAUACUAUUAUAUUAUUAAAUUGAUUGAUAAUUAAAGAAAUCAAGUAAAGAAGAAGAGAUAAACAUCUCAAAAAGGAAUCGAGAGCACCUUCUCGUGAAAGUAAAACACACACACAACACAAAUUUAGCCGAAAAUGAGAACCUCAUUGGGACAUUGAGAAUAAAAAGAGGACCGCUGAGAAUAAAACUAAAUUUGAAAAGUAA